GGAGAGACUGUUGGCAGAGUCCUGUGGCCCUCGAGGGAGAGGGACAGACCAGCCAGCGGCCCCGGACACCGCCCUGCCGGAAGCCUCACCCCACCACUGCCCCUUCCCGCAUGGUGCUGACUCGUCACUAGGCGGCGGCGAGGCCUGAGGGGCGGCUCAGGGUCGAGGCUGCCCAUCUCCUGCACUUCCUCCUGCAGUGGCUGUCUCGGUGGGCCGGAUGGCGGUGGCCCGGGGGAGCGGCCGCGCAUCUGCGCCCCGGCUGCUCCUGGUCCUGCUGCUUCCGCUACUGUGGACCGCAGCCAAGGUCCGGGCUGUCCCCAAUGAAGACCUCAGCCACCGGAACAAGGAACCGCAGGCGCCUGCUCAGCAGCUGCAGCUGCAGCCGGUGGCCGCGCAGGGCCCCGAGCCGGCUCGGGCCGAGAAAGGACUCACACCAGCUGUCCCAGUUGAUACUAAUAAAGAAGAUCCAGCUACGCAAACUAAUUUGGGAUUUAUCCAUGCAUUUGUCGCUGCCAUAUCAGUUAUCAUUGUAUCUGAACUGGGUGACAAGACAUUUUUUAUAGCAGCCAUUAUGGCAAUGCGCUAUAACCGUUUGACAGUGUUAGCUGGUGCUAUGCUUGCCUUGGGCCUAAUGACGUGCUUAUCAGUUUUGUUUGGCUACGCCACCACAGUCAUCCCCAGGGUGUAUACCUACUAUGUUUCAACUGCGUUAUUUGCCAUUUUUGGCAUUCGAAUGCUUCGGGAAGGUUUAAAGAUGAGUCCAGAUGAAGGUCAAGAGGAACUGGAAGAAGUUCAAGCAGAAUUAAAGAAAAAAGAUGAAGAAUUUCAGCGAACGAAACUCUUAAAUGGACCAGGAGAUGUUGAAACGGCUACAAGCACUAUACCUCAGAAAAAGUGGCUGCAUUUUAUUUCACCCAUCUUUGUUCAAGCUCUUACAUUAACAUUCUUAGCAGAGUGGGGUGAUCGCUCUCAACUGACUACGAUUGUUUUGGCAGCUAGAGAGGAUCCCUUUGGUGUGGCCGUGGGGGGAACAGUGGGCCACUGCUUAUGCACUGGGUUGGCUGUAAUUGGAGGAAGAAUGAUAGCACAAAAAAUCUCUGUCCGAACUGUGACAAUCAUAGGAGGCAUCGUAUUUUUGGCGUUUGCAUUUUCUGCACUAUUUAUAAGUCCUGAUUCUGGUUUUUAACAAGCUCUUUAUUCAUUUGUAUUUAGUUUAAGAUAGGUAAUUCGUGUUUAUGUACAUAGUGUACAUUGAAACUAAAAGUGAUGGAAGAUAACUGUAUUUUGUAGUAAUGAGUUAUGUCCAAAAAAAAAAAAAAAAAUCAUUGAUUCUAUUUGCAACAUGGAUUUUUAAAAGAAACCUGCAGUCUAAGUGUGGAUUUUUCUUUUCCCCAGCAUAAUUAUGUUAAUAUGGUCUGUUUUGAGGACUCUUUUUGGCUUUUGGUUGAGGGAUAUAUACAGAACCUUUGUGCACUGGGGUCUACAAUCUGAUUUUCUUUUAGCACUGACUCCUUUAGAAGGAAUAUAUGUAUUUUUUCCUGGAUCACUGAGGUGCUUUAAUAUGCUUAAAUUAGAACUUUUCCUGGGGGAAGAGUGAAUUAAUUUCCACCUUUUAAAGCAUUUCUCUGAGACAGUAAGCACUAGUUCAAUCCUAAGUCUUUUCAAAAUUAGGUUGUUUAAAAGAAAGAGCAAGAGAAAUGUAUUAGUUCUUCUACAAGUUCCACAUCCACAGAUGCUACCAACCACAGAUUGAAAAUAAUGGGAAAAUAUGCUAUAUUGUUGCUGAUGGAUAUGCUGUAGUUAGGCCUACAAUGGAUGGUUGUGUCCGUACUGAAUAUGUACACUUCUCUGGUCAUUAUUCCCUAAAUAUAGUAUAUAACUAUUACAUAGCAUUUAUAUUGUAUGAGGUAUUAUAAUCUAGAAAUGAUCUAAAGUAGAUGUGAAUAGGUUAUAUGAAAAUACUCCACCAUUUUAUAAGAGACUUGAGCAUCCUUGGGUUGGGGGAAGGGUCCUGGAACCAAAAACCCCUCAGACACCAAGGGACAACUGUACUGUUAUAUCAAUAAUAUAAUUGUUUGCCAGGCCAUUAUUAUUUCUAAAUUGGGUAGGAAACCCAAUAUAAAAUAGUCAAUAUUUGACAACAUGGAAUUACCAAAUUAAAGAAUACAAUGAGUGUAUUCAUAUUUUUUCUAUAUUGAAUAAACAAUGUAACAGAUACAAUGUAAAUAAAAGUGGUAUGACCAGUACUUGUUUUCCCUUUUUUGUUAUGCAAGUUCAUAACUAUUUUAUCAAAAUAGUAUUAAUAUUUAUAUACUAGUUUCUAAAGUACUCUUACUUAACCCUCCCAUAGUUCUAUGAGGUAGCAGUAGCACAUAUUGAUGAAAAAGCCGUGUUUCAAAACUUUGUGGUAGGUGGACAACUCCCUUCAGUGUACUGUAGGGUAGGAAAACAAUCCAUGAAUUAAUAUAAAGCACUUCAAAGAUACUCACAGUAAGUCCCCAGACUGCACCACCAUUCUCCGCAGUUAAGAUACCCUUAAUAGUGCCUUAGGUUAUUACAAACAGAACAAGCAAGGGAUUACAUUCUUUUCCAAGAACAGGAAGGAUGUAACAACUUGUUAGAAAGAGGCUUGUACCGCCAUAGCCCAAAUUUGGCAAUGCAGGCAGCCUGGUCCUAGGACUAGCUUGAUGUGUGAAUAAAUAAUCGCUUUCUGAGGCACCACAAUCUUGUAACAGGACAUAACUAUUGAAUUUGGUAGCUCAGACCUAAGCUUCAAGGUAAAAAUCAUUAAUGUGGGUAGACUCCAUUGCUGAGUAAGAAAAAGGAAAAUUUCAUUGGUGGUGAUUUUAAAAUAUUUAAUGCUCUUAAAAUCCAAAAUAAUGUAAUUCUUACAAGUUAAGUGCCACAUAAGCAGGUGUUAUUUUUUUUGAGAAAUGCAAGUGAUAAUUGAAAACAGCACUGAGGUAUUUUUUAUUUUUUAAGAUUGAGUAAGGAAACAAAGUCUGGACCUAAUUUUUUUACAUUUACAAAAAAAACAUGCUACUGCUUGGCUCUUCUACUGUAAUUUUAGGUUCUGAAUACAAGAAUAUGGGCAAGAGCAUUAUAAUAGUACAUGUAGUUUUAAAGAACUGUGCACAUCAUAACCUGGAAAAUUGAUCAUAGAGCAAGAGGCCUGAGUGAAGGUAAACUAGUAACACAGUUUUACAUCUUAAAGGGUAGCUUUGAGAAACAAGUGUAACCAAUUUUAAAACCGAAUUGAAAUGGCAGUAUUAGAUAACAAAAUGAUCCACAUUUUAUACAAUAUUGUUAUUUCCACACAUAGCUCAUGAAAAUCAGAGAACCUAAGAUAGCACCGGUGAAACCAUUCAUUAUCCCUUCGUGCUUCAGUGCAGUUUAGGAUUUGGGCUAAAGACAAUAUCUGGAAAAUGUCAGUCUUGUUUUUUUGUAUAUCUAUUUCGAUUUCCGUUAAAUGUUUGCUUUAGGGAAAAGAGGUAUCUGUCAAGAUCAGUUAGCCACUUGUACCUCCACCCUUUCAGAAGUAAGGUUAGGCUACAUCUGAAUUUUAUUUAAAACCAAGAACCAAGCAGUAAGGACAGCAAUGUAACACAGAACAUUAG